GUGCGCUGCGCGCGAUGAUGUAAAGAAGUCCAAUUUUUAAGUGGUCGAAGUGUCGUGGAGCGAAAGAGAAAGGGUGAAACAAGCGAGGAGAAAAGAGAGAGAUAGCAACAGCGCAAGCAAGCAGCCCGCAGCGCAGCGCGAGGCCGCGAGUGCGAGAGAUCUGGCAACAGGGUGACACAGUCGACUACUCCAAAAGCGAAACUCGCGGCAGCAGCAGCGGCGGCGGCCAAAGCCCGUCGUCCCCGUCCGUGUGUACUUGCUGCGUGUGUCAUCGCGACGAACGCACAACACAACAGGAACAGCCGCGGCUGCAGCCACACUCUGCCCAGUGCAGAGAGAAAGAGAAAGACAGACAGCUGUAUGCGCAUACACACACAAGCUUCUCUGUCUCUCUCUCUCUCUCUCUCUCUUCCUCUGUCUCUCUCUCUCUCUCUCUCUUCCUCUGCUCGACUCGAAGACUCGAACAGCAGCGACAGCAGCGCCAGCAGCGCCACCUUCGUCCUCGUUCCUCUCGUCCCGCAUAGCUGCUGCUGCAGCGAGCGAGAGCCAUCAGCAGGCAGCAGCCUCGAGUGUGUCGACGAGAGAGAAGGAGUUGCAGGCCCCAGGGCAGCCGCACACCACAUCCUCCUCCAACUGCCGACGACGACGACGAGCAGAGCAGCCCGAGUGAAGGGAGCCCGAGAGCCCGAGGUACACGCAGAGAGAGCCGCAAGCCCGAGACGCGCCAGAGCGGCCCGCGAAGAGAGCAGCGCGAGCGAGUCCACGAUGGAGCUCUAGGCCCCCCCUCGCGGCCUCGCCUAACCACGACGAGCCAAGCUCCCGUUGCUGCCACUGCAGGCCCCCAAGCCGAAGCAGCGAGCGCAGCCGAGCUACCUCGAGCAGCACCAGCACCGCCCGGACUCACCAGCCCUGCAGCCCGACCGACGAUGGAGCUGCGCGUCGGCAACAAGUACCGGCUUGGCCGCAAGAUCGGCAGCGGCUCCUUCGGCGACAUUUACCUAGGAACCAACAUCUCCACUGGUGAGGAAGUCGCCAUCAAGCUGGAAUGCAUCAAGACCAGGCAUCCCCAGCUCCACAUCGAGUCCAGGUUCUACCAGAUGAUGAAGUGUGGAGUUGGCAUACCCAUGAUAAAAUGGUGCGGAACAGAGGGUGACUACAAUGUAAUGGUGAUGGAACUCCUGGGUCCGUCGCUGGAGGAUCUGUUCAACUUCUGUUCUCGGCGCUUCUCCCUUAAGACUGUUCUGCUGCUCGCCGAUCAGCUGUUAAGUAGAACAGACUACAUACAUAGUCGGAAUUUCAUCCAUCGGGAUAUCAAACCAGACAACUUCCUGAUGGGGCUGGGAAAGAAAGGCAAUCUUGUGUACAUUAUAGACUUUGGACUGGCGAAAAAAUAUCGCGAUGGGCGAACCAACAAGCACAUACCUUACCGGGAAAAUAAAAAUCUUACCGGUACAGCGAGAUAUGCAAGCGUAAACACACAUCUUGGAGUUGAACAGUCGCGAAGAGACGAUCUUGAGUCGCUAGGAUACGUACUUAUGUACUUCAACCGAGGUAGUCUCCCGUGGCAAGGUCUGAAAGCAGUGACCAAGAGGCAAAAGUACGAGCGUAUCUCGGAAAAGAAAAUGUCCACUCCUAUCGAGGAGCUGUGCAAAGGCUAUCCAAUGGAGUUCGCGACAUACCUCAAGUACUGCAAAGAACUGCGGUUCGAGCAGAAGCCCGACUACACUUACCUGCGACACAUGUUCCGGACCCUAUUCCACAAUCAGGGUUUCACGUACGACUACGUGUUCGACUGGAACAUGCUGAAGUUUGGUAACGCGAGGCAGCCAGCCCUGCCGUCGGCGCAACAGGCGGCGGCGCACUCACAGCCGACCAACAACCCGGCGACGCAACCCUCGGGGACCAACAACGAUCAGGAGCACCGAUCGAGGCCGUACACGCGCCAGUGCCUGGCGAACGCAUCAGGAGCCGGAGUCGUCUCGACGACGGUGGUCGGCAGCUCGGGCCGCAGACAACAGAACAAGUUCGACAGCAUAGAGGCGCGCGCCGAGCAGAUCGACAAUCAGGACAAAGGCGAGCUCCAAGUGCCGGGCGCAGUCGGCCAGGAGCGAAGGGUCAGCGUCAGACUGACGCAUCGCGGUAACGCAGCGGCAGCCGCCGGUGAAAUUCCACCCAAGUCCAACGCCAAUGCGACGGCAAUGGUAGUACCCACCCUGGCGGCCAGGCGGGCAAGCGUUCAGCACAACAAGUAAGCCAGCAGCAGCAGCCCCAACAGCAGCAGAAUCAGCAGGGAAAUAAUCGAUACGGCCGCAAGUAAAGAGGGAGAGAAACAUACACACAGGCGGAGAGAGAGAAGAGAGCGAGGGAGCAAAGGACACUCGAGUCAUAAUACUAAAAAGCUCCUCGCUAGCUCGACCGGACGGACAGUGCCCCGACAGUGCGACUCUUUAACUAGCACGCCUACGGAAAGAUAUCCAUAUACAUAUGAAUAUAAAUAUAAAUUUAUGAAUAUAAAUAUAUAAAUAGUUAGGUGAUAAAAAAAAAUACGGAUAGGGCAGUUCUGCUGAGAGAACAGCGUGUAUACCGCUUCGAUGAUGAAAUUUAACGAAUUGAAUUUAAGAACAAAAACAAGGAAUCACUGUACAUGCGGCGCGAACCAGCGAUUACUCUGCUCCUCGGCUCUGGCUAUCUCGCGUCCUCCCCCCCCCCCCCCCCGUUUUAACUCUUCUUUUUUAUACGAGAAACAAAAACUAAUACAAGAAAAUUAUUGUGUAAAACGAUUCAGCUGGCGAGGCAUCGCUUGGUGCACGUGUGUGUAUCUUGAGGAAGAGAGCCGGUAAGGUGAGCGAGUGGCUGGAACUGCCUGCGUGCAUACAUAUUAUACGUGUGACUGAAAUCGCGUGAACGAAGGGAACGAUGUCUAAGUAUAUGUAUGAGCAAAAGAAUGAACAAACGAGAGCGAGAGAAUGGGGCGAAUGCCUCGGCGAUGCCGCUGGAAAAUUCUUGUAGAAACGGCGACGCGCGCGACUAGCGACAUCAGCGAUUAUAGCGGGAGAAAUUCCUCCGUCUUUUUAUAGAUUUUUACGCGCUUCCAAAUGAUACAUUUCGAAAAAACGAGAGUGAGAGUCAAGGAUGUAAGUCUAGGCUUUUCGAGUAAAAAGAGAGAGCGGCAGAAGCUAUGUAUAAUUUUUUUCCGAGUGUACACAUACCGAACCUGAGCGCAAAUGAAAACAAAAUGAUAACUAUUGUAUAAAACAAAACAAAAUGAAAUGAAUUAAAAGUACUGAGAAAGAGGAGUAAAACUAUAUGCGAAGAAAGAGAGCUACCCUAUAUAUACUUAUACGUACGCGUUUCGACGAGAAUUUUUCGCUUAUACGUGGUUUACAAGCGCGCGCUUCAGCUGUUAAUAUAAUCGCAUUUCAUUGCUCCCGCAGCUAGCGCUCGUGCAAAGGAACGAUGAGAAAAAGGUGAAAAAAAAUACAAAUCAUUGUGAAAAACAUAUUAAGAACCAUACAUACACAUACACAGACACACACACACACACACACACACACACACACACACAAAAGUCCCCGUACGCGUGGUCGUGAGAUUUUAUAUUAACUGUGUCGCAUACAGAUGGGAUAGCCCAGCAGCAUACAGAUGGGAUAGAUAGACAAAUGCUUAACUUUACGAAGCAGUCGAACGAAGCUCUGUCAUCCGGUUGACUUCGCUCUUCCCCCUCAAUGGACUCGUCUCUCGCUUAUUUUAUUUUUUUUUUACGCUAAAGUUUUUUAGUAUUUUUUUUAGUAUCGACGACGUCGAUCGUGUCUACACACCUUUGCAGGAAUCUUUGCAAAGUCAUACAAAAGACGAACACUGACUUGGUUGCAUUGCUUCGUUCGAGAUGCGAUGAAACCGUUUAAAAUCAUGACGGAUGGCGGACAACAAUGCGACAAGAAUAUGUGAAAUUAUAUUGUGUGAAUGUUAGGAUCAAUGACGAUGAUUAUUCAACGAUAUUAAUAAAAAAAGAUAAAACCACUAAA